GCCUCCCGCACUUCACCUUUAACAUCUUCCCCAACCCGCAAAGAUGUUUUUCUUCGGUCUUGGGAAGCUGUUUUACGUCAUCGUCCUCAUCAUCAAUGCGAUCGCCGUCCUCUCCGAAGACCGCUUCCUAGCUCGCGUUGGAUGGGGUCGCACACAAGCCGAACCGGGUUUCGGCGCGACAUACGAUAGCACAAGCGUGAAAGCCAAGACCGUCAACCUGAUCGCCAGUGUGCGGACUGUGAUGCGGAUACCCCUUAUCGUCAUCAACACGGUCAUCAUUGUCUACGAGCUGAUUCUUGGUUAAAUCUGCUUUCUCGCUAUUUC